UGCUUUAUGUAAUAAAACAGAUAAUUUGAAAGGUAUAUUUCAAAUUUAAAUAUCUUUCGUGUUCUUGUCACAAUUUUGGAUCGUUUAAUUUCUUUUCAGAAUUUGUAAGUUUAUUUUGAAUGCCACAAACAGGAAAUAGACCAUCUGACCCAGGAAACGAAAGACAACAAUGGCUGCGGUGUGAGAAGUUUUUUUGAGGAGUGUGUAUACCGAGGCUUGAAUGCACCGUGCCAAGCCAGUAGUGGAGGUGGUCCGUCUGGGCCUAAUCCCCUUUCAGGAGGCUCUGCAGGUGCAGCAGUUUUAUGUGAACAGGCACGAAUCUGGUUCAGCACAUGCACUGCUUCUGUGUCAGCACCCACCAGUCUACACCACUGGGAUCCGCCAAAGACCCUAUCCAGCCUCCGUUCUGGACCAGCUCCGCCUGCUGGGUGCUGAUGUGCAGCGGACCAAUCGUGGAGGUCUCAUCACCUUUCAUGGGCCAGGACAACUGGUUUGUUAUCCAAUCCUACACCUGGGUAGUUUUAAAAAGAGUGUUCGCUGGUACGUCUGUGAGCUAGAGAAAACCAUCAUGUCACUCUGCCAGAAGUUUGGCAUUGAAUCCUCCACGUCACCUCAUACUGGAGUUUGGGUUGCAGACAAGAAAAUAUGUGCCAUUGGAAUCCACUGCGGCCGCUACGUCACGUCUCAUGGUUUGGCUCUGAACUGCAAUACUAAUUUGACAUGGUUUAAUCACAUUGUACCUUGUGGCAUUGAAGGAAAAGGUGUAACUUCACUGAGUGCUGAGCUGCAAAGAGACAUCAGCAUGGAGGAAACCGUCCCACACUUCCUGGAUGCUUUCAAAGAGCAGUUCAACUGUGAACUGAAAGAGGGGGACAUAGGGGACAGCUAGUUGAAACAGAGGGUCGACUGAGGAGGUCCAUCCAUCCCAGCGUUAUAUAAAGAAAUGGAUGCAAAAGAGAAGUAGAUCACCAGUUUGUAAAAGUAAAAGCUUCUUAAAGUGAAAUUCAAUGUAAAAAGAAAGAUUCCACAAACUCCCUGAAAUUUUGGUGGUUCCUUGUAACUUUUAAUUUGAAAGGAACAUGAAAAUAUUUUUCAAUGACCAAAUUGUACCUUUGUGUGUUAAUUAUUUAAUAUUAAAGAAAUUGUAAUGAA